UGGGCUCGCGCGCUGCGAGGCUCCGCUGGAUGGAAGCUUGACGCACGGUUUCCUCUGGUUGGAGCCGCGAUGGAAGCGGAGGACCCGGCCUGUCCUCUGGGGAUGUGACCGAGGAUCGAGCCUCUCUGUCGACGCUGAAAACAGAAACUAAAGAUCUGCUGCGAUCUCUCACCGCGACUGCACAUGUGAGUUUCCUCCAGCAGGGGGCGUGAGGAUCACAAACUCUUGUUCCACUGAUCUUAUUCAUUUUUUGGUUCAUUUCUUUUUUCCAAGAUGUCCGACAGUGAGAGGAAACUUUUCUUGCAGGAUUUUAUUUGGUGAGGAUUAUGACUCGAGGCCGAGGAGGUCGCAGGAGACGCUCGGCUGACGAUUGAAUCGGAGGAAUCGAACUUUACGAACGUUUCUCUUUCUGGAUGUUGUUAACUUUCUCCCUCCUGGACGACGUCAUAGAUCGCUGCCAAUGUCGGCCGACAACAGCCCGCCGCCGCCGCCGGCCUCGCCCCGCGCCUUCGCCCCCCUCCCCCAGCACACGGCCCCGCCCACUCCCUCGCCGUCACCCAGCCCGCCCGCCACCCUCCUCGCCCGCCUGUCCAACGGCAGCCUGCCGGCCCCGAGCCGCACCAACUCCCGCGGCUCCAUCCAGGGCGUCUCCUUCCUGCUGCAGAUCGGACUGACCCGGGAGACGGUGACCCUCGACCCCGGAGACCACUCCCUCCCCGCUGUCAGGGAGCUCGUCUGCUCCAUCGUGGACCAGAAGUUCCCAGAAUGUGGAUUCUUCGGGAUGUACGACAAGAUCCUGCUCUUCCGUCACGACCUGAGCUCGGACAACAUCCUGCAGCGGCUGACGUGUGCGGAGGAGAUCCACGAGGGCGACCUGGUGGAGGUGGUGCUCUCCGCUCUCGCCACAGCCGAGGAUUUCCAGAUCCGGCCUCACGCUCUGUACGUCCACUCCUACAAGGCGCCGGCGUUCUGUGACGACUGUGGGGAGAUGCUGUGGGGCCUCGUCCGGCAGGGCCUCAAGUGUGAAGGAUGUGGACUGAACUACCACAAGCGAUGUGCGUUCAAGAUCCCCAACAACUGCAGCGGCGUGAAGAAGAGGCGCCUGUCCAACGUGUCCCUGCCGGGCUCCGUCAUGUCCAUCGCUCGUCCUCCGUCCACGGAGUUCACCCCGACGCCGCCGGAGGAGGUGGUUUCAGCAGCAGAUCAGCGCCCCCUCCUGGGCGCCGCCAAGCGUAACUCCCUGCUCAGCGGCCGGCCCAUCUGGAUGGAGAAGAUGGUCCUGGGCCGGGUCAAGGUCCCUCACACCUUCUCCGUGCACACGUACACUCGUCCCACCAUCUGUCAGUUCUGCAAGCGGCUGCUGAAGGGCCUGUUCCGCCAGGGGAUGCAGUGCAAAGAUUGUAAAUUUAACUGCCACAAGAGAUGUGCAGCCAAAGUUCCUCGGGACUGUCUGGGCGAGGUCGACUUCAACGGAGAACCGGCCAGUCCCAGUCCGGACUCCGAGGCGACGAUGGAGGUGGACAACUGUGACGUGAACAGCGACGGAGGACAGAGCAUGGACGACCAGGACGAGUCCACCCCCGAGGACAAGCUGUUCUUCAUCGAGGGGACGGGCACGGACGGCGAGAAAGACGACGAGACGCUCAGAGCCAUCAGCCCGUGCACCAGCAGUAACAUCCCCCUGAUGCGAGUGGUUCAGUCCAUCAAACACACAAAGAGGAGGAGCUCCACGGUGGUGAAGGAGGGGUGGAUGGUUCACUUCACCAGCCGCGACAACCUGAGGAAGAGACAUUACUGGAGGCUGGACAGCAAGAGCCUGACGCUGCUUCAGAAUGAAAGUGGAGCCAAGUUCUACAAGGAGAUCCCGCUGUCCGAGAUCCUGCAGGUGGCGCCGGCGCAGGACUUCAGCCUCCUCCCCCCCGGCAGCAACCCCCACUGCUGCGAGGUGACCACGGCCAGCAUGGUGUACUACGUGGGGGAGAACAACGGAGGCCUGUACCACAACCCCGUCCUGGCUGCGUCCGGUGUGGGCCGGGACGUGGGCCAGAGCUGGGAGAAGGCCAUCCGCCACGCCCUGAUGCCCGUCACGCCCACGGCCAGCGUGGGCACCGGGCCCGGCAAAGGGAAGGACCACAAGGAGAUUUCCAUCAGCAUAUCAGUGUCCAACUCCCAGGUACAAGAAAAUGUGGACAUCAGUUCAGUUUAUCAGAUCUUCGCAGACGACGUCCUCGGCUCCGGACAGUUCGGGAUCGUCUACGGAGGGAAACACAGGAAGAGCGGCAGAGACGUGGCCAUCAAGAUCAUCGACAAGAUGAGGUUUCCCACCAAGCAGGAGAGUCAGCUGAGGAACGAGGUGGCGGUUCUCCGGAACCUCCAGCAUCGGGGCAUCGUGAACCUGGAGUGCAUGUUCGAGACGCCUGAACGGGUGUUCGUGGUGAUGGAGAAGCUCCACGGAGACAUGCUGGAGAUGAUCCUCUCCAGCGAGAGGAGUCGGCUCCCUGAACGUCUCACCAAGUUCCUGGUCACACAGAUCCUCGUGGCCCUCAGACAUCUUCACCUCAAGAACAUCGUCCACUGUGACCUGAAGCCGGAGAACGUCCUCCUGGCCUCAGCAGAACCGUUUCCUCAGGUGAAACUCUGUGACUUCGGCUUCGCUCGCAUCAUCGGGGAGAAGUCCUUCCGCCGCUCCGUGGUCGGCACGCCGGCUUAUCUGGCGCCGGAGGUUCUCCGCAGCAAAGGCUACAACCGGUCCCUGGACAUGUGGUCGGUCGGCGUCAUCGUCUACGUCAGCCUGAGCGGAACGUUUCCCUUCAACGAAGACGAGGAGAUCGACCACCAGAUCCAGAACGCCGCCUUCAUGUACCCGCCCAACCCCUGGAGGGAGAUCUCCAAGCCGGCCACAGACCUGAUCAACAACCUGCUGCAGGUGAAGAUGAGGAAGCGCUACAGCGUGGCCAAAUCGCUGAGUCACCCCUGGCUGCAGGACUACCGGACCUGGCUCGACCUCCGGGAGUUCGAGACCAAGCGCGGCGAGCGCUACAUCACCCACGACAGUGACGACGCCCGGUGGGAGGAGCACGCCGACGGGGGGCUGCCCUUCCCCAAACACUUCAUCAUGUCACCGAACCUGGACGACAUGGAGGAGGACCCCUAG